GCUGGACCAGUUGACUUUGACCCGGCACUUAGCUCAACAUGGCUUAUUGCCGGCGCAGACUCACUGACGAACAACGUGAAAGUCAGUUCUCACCAUGCCGGAGUGGACUCAUUCGAAUCCCUCUUCCUCUGUCCAUCGAAUGCUUCAGCAAAUAAUGAUUGGUGCUGGCAUCAAAUUAUUCCAAUGCUAAAGGCGCGUCGAGGUCCACGAGGAGCGCAUUUCAAUGGUCGUGUUGUCGUUGCAGGCGGACAUCCUGGCGAACGCACCACCGUUGAGAGCCUACAGCCUCCCACGUCCGACCACACCGAGAGUUACUGGACCGAGUUGAUUGGUCCAGACAUUUGCAGCCCAGAUUCUCAAUCAUUGGCAGUGUUCAAGGGAAGUCUGAUGCAAUUAGGUGAAAUGGUCCCUGUUCUUGGCACAUCUAUUAAAUGGGUGGCUUUCUGA